AUGGCAUCAAGCUAUGGAUCACUUGUCAAGGAGGCCAUUGUGUUGCUUGAUAAGUUCAAUGCUGGCAGACAGUGUUUGGAUGACUUCAUAGAAGAUGCUUCAAAAGACCUGCAGAACCUGGAUGAUCAUCAUAAGAAGUUCAUACUUGACGUGGUCUCUGGAUGCACUGAGCACAAAAGCUUAUUGGACGUAGUUAUCAAUGUCUUCUAUGGCCAUAUUGGGAAAAACUUAUCCAGAGCUGAUCGCAGCCGGUUUGUUAUUAUCUGUUACAUCACUACAUUUGUCCUUGAUGACAUUGGGCUUCAGCAUUUUAGCAACAUUGUCAAAUCUCUGGACAUCAAGAAGAUGCAUACAUUCCUGAAUUUCUUCUUCACAAACCUCACCACAUGGAUACAAGAAGAGUGGAAUACAAUCUACGAUGCUGCCUAUGUGGAGAAACACUGGAUUGCCCCCCUGAUAAGAUGGCGCCCUGAGAUUGAUAUUCUCAUGGACCAGCUUGCUGUCAAAAUAACUCGUGGGACACAGGUCAAGAAGGCUCCAAUCAAAACCACUGAGCCUCAGGAGUUCUCUCUCACCAAACCUAAACCUCAGCUUCUGCCUAUGCCUGAGCCCACCCCACAGCAGGAAAAAUCCAAACCAGUACCAAAGAGCACAUACACAGCUCCAAAGGAGAUGCAGAUAAUAGAGGAGAUAAAACAAAAGAACCAUCAAAAGACUGAGGAACUGCUGUAUGUGGCAAAUAUGAAGCAGUUCAGAUGUGUAAACCCACAGAAGUCUGAACACACCAAGCGAGUGAUGUCCCAGAUUAGGGAAGACAUGGAUUCAAAACUCAAAUUCAAUUCAUUUCAUUCUUCUGGAUGUCCUUCCAGCAACAAGACCAACAACUGGUCCAUCAAACUCAACAGUGCAGCUAUCCUGAGGCAGGGGGCUCUAUAUAACCGUCAGGUGGAGAAGGAGUUGAAGAGAAUGGAGCGUUUGAUAGAGGGGGCACGUGAGCCCUCGUCUUUCCUGCAGUGGCAGAAGGAGAUGCGUGAGAAGGACUUUCAGGAGGAGCUGGCCAAGAUUGAGCGCAGGCGUCUGGAAGGACGCAUCAGUUAUGAGGAGGCAGCUAUGGCUCGCACGCACAUAAUGGAACGCAACCAGAAGACUGCUCAGAUGAAGAAAGAGGAGACAGCUCAGCUGAUGCGGAGCUAUGCUGAGAAAAGGUUGCAAGAGGAAAAAGAAAUGAGAGACUUGGUGCAGCAAGUGGCAGAGGGACACAAGAACUCCAAAUCAGCUAAAGAGAAGUUACACAAAUUCAAGCAAAGUAUAGUGAAGGAAGUCUCAGAGCAAAGUCGAGAGCUCCUUCGUCAAGCACUAGAGGAAGCACAGGCAGAACUAAGCAGAAAAUUUGAAAUUAUCUGCGAAAUCCGCGCCAUCGAGUCGCUUCCUCACACUACAGUCAAGAAUUUUGAUGACACAGAGACUGCAGGCCAUGAGCUGCUGGGAGAGAUGUCCCUUGCUGAGCUGAAGGAGAGGCUGACCCUUUUGAAGGAAGCCCAGCAAAUAGAGCAGCAGGAGAAACGGGAGCACAUCUUAGAGGUGAAGCAGAACAAGAAGCAGCUGCUGUUAGAGCAGAUGGACACGAUCAACGUCCACAGGAGGGCACUGGCACAGGCUGCUGCCGUCAGUAAAGGGGAGAGGAAAGCCAGGCUGGACGUUCGACAGACGGUGACUCAAGAUGAGACACUCUUGGCUCUGCAGAAGAAGCUUGAGGAGAAACAGCAAGAGCGCCAAAGACUGAAGCAAAUUGAAAGCAACAAGGCCAAAACCUCUGAACAAGCCACAGCGCACACUGUUAAAAACACAGGGACACACAACAAAAAAAGCUUGAAGUCAAAAACGUGGGAGGAGCUGGAGCUGAGUUUAGAGCAUCAUAUACAGAAGGACGCUCCUUAUGCUGUUUCUCAGUGGGAUACAUAA